AGUGGCGCGGGCAACACGCCUUUGCCGCAUCCGCGUUACAGACCAAAAACACAAAUCAAUUAGGACGUGUUUCGGAACGCUCUCGAUCCGAAUUUCGAACGCAUUUGAAUAAAAAAGGCGCGAAAGUAGCAUGGACAACGAGUUCUUUUGUUGAAAAAAUAUUUUGUGUUUGUUUUUGUAAUUUAUUAGUUGAUGAUCAUGAAGCGAGAAGCCAUUAUUUCGUUCGCGAUUGCUGUUUUGGUGUGGGAAAAAUCUCAAGCGUGCUUCCACGAGUCGAUCGAGCGCGAGAUGAUAUACGAGAAGACUGGCACGCCCUACUACCUGGAGUGCACCUGCAACGAGCCAGGGUACGACACCAGCUACAUCACCUGGCUGGACAACAACGACACUGUGGUACGGGAGCAGCGACCAGGUAUAGAACAUAGUGUGUUCACGGUGACAGACCACCACACCGUCAGCCUGAACAUCCCCUACUUGAGCAAGAAGACGUCGGGCACGUACAAAUGUCAGACGAACUUCGAAGGGAACAAGUACAUACAGACGUACCAUAUCACAGCAUACGAUCCCAUCACAAUAAACCCUCCAGUGAAACAGUUUUUGCUGCUGGGCAACAGAUCUCUAAUUCGGUGCGAGGUGCACGCCGAACCCGACGCCAAUUUGAUUGUCACCUGGCACAAAGUUGAGGGGGAUAGACUCGUGCAGAUAAAUACAGAUGCAACUUACACUAUCAUGCCUGAAGGGCUCUACAUAAACAAAGUGGAGGAAAAGGACAAAGGAAUAUACAGCUGCGCCGUGCUGGAGAGCAAAACAAUGGAUGAAGUGGAUAUUAAUAUUUAUACAGAGAUAAUAACAAAGCCAGUAAUCAAAAGAGUCAAAGCGGUGCCGGAGUCAACAGUGGUAGUGGGUGACCGGUUAGUGCUGGAGUGUGAUGCAGAAGGCACUCCUCACCCGGAGUACAUCUGGAGGAAGGUAGACGAGCCAGUGACAGAAAACCCUCCGCGAUGGAAGCAGCAGAUCAACGCACUCGUGAUGGAAAGCAUUCAGCCCCAAGACAGCGGCGUCUACGAGUGCGUGGCGCAGAGCAACGCGGGGGUCGUCUCCGAGACCAUCGACAUUCAGAAAGUAUGCAGUCCCAAGACAGCGGCGUCUACGAGUGCGUGGCGCAGAGCAACGCCGGGUCGUCUCCGAGACCAUCGACAUUCAGGUGAAUUACACUUCUAUGGCAUUGUGAUAAGAGCGAUAUUGCUUGAAAGUAUGCAGUCGCAAGACAGCGGGGUCUACGAGUGCGUGGCGCAGAGCAACGCCGGGGUCGUCUCCGAGACUAUCGACAUUCAGGUGAAUUACACUUCUAUGAUGUUGUGA